AUGGAGGAAUAUUUUGCUUUUUAUGCCUUCCCGCGGCCCAGCUCGCGCCCCAGCCGCAGCAGGCCCAGCUCGCGCCCCUCCGCGGCCCACCCGCGCUCGCCCUCCCAAACCCUAGCGCCGCCGUGCCCAGCGCUCGGCCGCCGCACGCACGACGCAAGUGCAGCCGCGACCGCGUUCAGCCACCCACCCCUAGCCAGCUUGCCCAACCUGUUAGCCCUCUCUUCUUCCCCACGUAACUGCCCCCAUCCCCACGGCAGGAGCACCAUUUGGACCCCCACGUUCCCCUCACCUCGCUACCCUCUCUCUCAUUCUUGCACGGCCAGCCCAGCGCCCUCGUUGUGCUCGCCUUCCCACACAACUGUCGUCGUCGUGUGCCUCGCCGUGCCUCGUCCGAGCUGUGCCCGGCGUCGCGACAUCCCGCGCCGGCCCUGGUGCGGCCGUUCCCGAAGCCACGGGCAGCCACCGUACAGCGCCCCGUCAGGCCACACGUCCAGUCCUUGCGCGCAAUUGCAUUCGGUCGACGCUGUCUCGCCGUGGGUCUGUGCUACUCUCGUCGUCGCUGAGGUUAGUGGCCAGAUUGUGAUAUGUUCCUGAGCUUCGAGGAAUCGACGAUCAAGACUUGGUGAACCACUGGUCCCGAGAUCAAGCUCUUCGAGUUCUACGAGAUUGAAGACUCUGAGCAUCUGUUUGGUGAAG